AUGGUGCAGGUACGGCCGCUCUAUGGAUUGGUGGCGGUUGUUGCGGCGACGCUCCUUCUCCUGUUCUUCGCGGGUCCUUCCGCCGUGCCUCGCAAUUGGGACUCGGCCCCUGACGCACUCCUAUCCACCACCAUCGACAUAGAUAUCGAUCCGCCGGCUCCCACACCCCCAACUCCUACCGACCACGUGUCUCCCAGCACCAAGGAGCAUACAGAGCCACCUAGUCGUUCGAUUGAUGAAGAGAAAGAUGAAGAAGUGGAGAAAGAUGCAUCUGGAGAUGAGGUACCCAAAACAACUGAGUCACCACCAACAGCAACGACGAGAAAAGAUGAAAAAGAUGAAGAAAUAGAUCACAUCGCAAAGACGCCACAACCAGCGACCAAGGGGAAGGAGGAGAUGGAAGAAGAAGAUGAAGAGGAAAAGAAAGAGGAGAAGAAGGUGAGCGACUACACGCUCGUGGUCUACGUGUACUGGGAGCGCGACGCGGUCUACGCCGAGAACCUGCGAUUCUUCCUGCGCGCGGGCGUGGGCUCGGCCGAAGAGAGCCAGCGGGACCGGGUGGAGUACCUCCUGAUCGUGCAGGGCCGCACCCUGUCCGUCGACGUGCCGCGCCACGUCAAGGUGUGGAAGCGCGACAACACCUGCUUCGACUUUGGCGCCGUCGGCGCAGCCCUUCGGUCGAAAGCGCUCCGCCUCCCCACAUUCCGUCGCUACGUCAUCCUGAAUUCGAGCGUGAAGGGGCCUUUUCUGCCGGCGUACUGGCCGUCCAACGUGCAUUGGUCCACCAUCUUCACCAGUCGCAUCAACGAUCGCGUCAAGCAAGUGGGCACGUCGAUCGUGUGCCUGCCCAAAACGGACCUGGGCGGCUGGGGUCCACGCAUUGAGGGAUUCUGUUGGGCGACCGAUCACGUGGGCAUCGAGCUGGGCAUCAAGCGCGGAGUGUUCGACUGCUUCGCCAACAAGGAAGACGUCAUCGUCAAAGGCGAAUACGGCAUGUCGCGCGCAGUGCUGGAUGCCAACUACACGCUCGACACGGUGCAGCUCAAGUACCAGGGCGUCAAUUGGACCGACACCGCCAACUGGGGCUGCAACGCCAACGUGCAUCCCACCCGAGCCGACGCCUACGACGGCAUCAGCAUGCACCCGCUGGAGACGGUGUUCCACAAGAGGAGCUGGACCGACGUCAGGACCGACGUGCUGCCUGAGUACAUGAACCGCUACGCGCAGUGGAAAUAUGACGCGCUCGAUCGCCGGGCGGGAAAGAGUCGACCACCAUCAUGA